GUUGGCCUUCGUAACCGCAGACGUUUCUUAGCUGGUGGCAACGUACGGCUCUUUAACCCAGAGGAAAAAUAGAGACAUAUUGACAUAGUAGCCAUAGAGGGACGUUGUAGCUAACGGUGGCUAACGCUCACACUACUGCAACGCUCUAACGUGUCCAGCGGCCGCCGUCCCGACGAGCUAAACUCACACCUCUCAUCGGGAUGCCGCUGCAGACGAAAUCUUAACCGGCUUCGGGAGGAACACAAAUAAACCAUCGUAACCAUGGAGCCCACCGUCUCGGAUGGAGCCCCUGUGGAAAAGGACUUGGAGGGACAAUGCGAGGCGGAGGUCUCCUCUGAGGCAGCGGGACCAGCGCUGAAGCAUCUGGAGCCUGUGGGCCCCCCAACAGCAGUCGAAGCCCGGGAAGCCUCCAGAUCAGAUCUGGUCAGGAGAACUCCCGACGAAGCAGAGGAGGCGGCUAAGGUCGCUGGAGAUGAGCCUCCUGUGGACUGGUUUGAGCCGCUCGAGGACGAUGACUAUGACGAGGAAAGCCUGGCCGGAGAAAGUGAGAGGAGUGAGAGCGUGGCGGGCAGCGAGACGGUCUCCAAAAGGGUUUACAAGUUUCAAAGGCCUUGCCGAAAGCGAUCCCAUCCUGAUGAAGGAUGGGAUGAAUGGCCAAUACUUGGAGAUGGUUGGAAACGCAAAGAAGUUGUCCGGCGCUCUGGAUCUAGCAUUGGACAGAAGGAUGUAUAUUACCUUAGUCCGCGGGGGGAUCGAGUGAGAAGUCGAGUGGAGCUGAUUUCAUUGCUGGUUGGACAGCAGGACAUGUCAACCUUUGACUACAAGUCUGGAAAGUUCUACGAGGGCGAAGUGCAACCCGUAAGAAUUCGACACAGAGCAAAGAGAAAAAUCCGUGAGCGUUCUUCCUCAGAGUCCAGCUGGAUGGAGAGAGGAGAUGGGGCCGACACUCCCGACUCCCAACACAUGCCCACCAACCCCAGUCUGGGGCCCAAAAUCCACCACUCCAACCCAACAAAUCUCUCCUUGCACAGUACAAUAGGAAUUCCCAACAAAGGCUCACUCAACGUAGAUGCACCUGCUCAAGAUAGAAUUAAACUUCCCCUUCCCUCGUCGUCCUCUAGAGCACUCCUGCUCCCCUCCAUCAACGGAGAAGUGGGGUCAGAGGACAGCACGCUGGUCUGUGCCAGAUGUGGAGUUUCCUUCACGGGCACGUGGUAUGACAAACAAAGGAAGAGGCCCUGCUGUCCCAACUGUUGGGCCUCGAAGUCAAAAGAGCAUCCACUGGUUCGUUUCAGAAAGUGGAUUCCCUGUGGGCAGUGCGUGGGAUGCCACAACACAGCGAACUGUGGACAGUGUGCCAACUGUAAGCACGGACUGCAGAGCCCAGAAUCCAAGAAACGCUUGUGUCGGAAACGCAAAUGUAUAUGUCCCAUCCGCAAGGGCCCUGGAGGUGGAUGCUUUAUGCCGCAGAAGCCCUCUAAUGACAUUCCUGACAUGUAUGAGGACAGCAUGAGUUUACAGAGUGAAGUUACAGACUCACAGCACCCAAGUCUCAAGAGCAGCGACACCGAGAACUUCUCAGUCAACGUGGACAUGGACGAUGACGACGACAUGUCAACUGACGAUGAUGAUGAUUGGCAUAAGAAGCGGAAGCGGCGAUCCUGUGGAGAAUGCAAAGCCUGUCUCUGCAGGAAAGACUGCGGCACGUGCGACUUCUGUGUAGACAAACCCAAGUUCGGAGGCAGCAACAAGAAGAGGCAGAAGUGCAGACUACGGCAGUGUCAGAGACAGGCAAUGAGACAUUUGCUGCCGUUCCAAAUGGGACAUGGUGACCACGGGCCAGACAGCCAUUUGCUGCCGGGCAGGCCUAGGCCUCACUACACAUACAGCCGGAAGUCAGUAUUAAAGAGAAAUAGAGGAUCACAGUAUGAGUUGGACUUCACCGACAAUGAAGAAGACGACUGUAACUUAAAACCAAUUAACUGGAACUCUGCGCCAGCUAGUGGUAGCAAAUAUUUCUAUGGAUUGGAUGUAAGGAACCUUCCCCCAUCUUCGCAGCAGUUGAGUUCAGUGGAUUUCACACUUUUGAAUGGCCUCGCUGACAGAGUUCCUCACAUCAGCAGCAAUCACAACUCUGAACUAGACCCGCUGAGCAGAUGGGACGCCGCUAAAUCACAUCCAAGCAGAAAUAGUCGUAGGCGUGUUCAAGAAAUGGACGACAGCGACGACGAUGACGACGAUGAUGACGACGAUGGGGAGGAGGCGGAAGAAGAUGAAGAGGAGGAGGUGCCCAUGAUCACACAGAUCUUCAGUUUGGCUGAGACGCCGUCCGGCAGCGGUGACGACGUAGAAAGCCAGCUGACGAAGCUGCUGCAGUCACUGCGCUCCUCCGCCAUGCCGAUGUUGUGGUACGCCAUCAUGGUGGAGGGCCCGCAGCUGCAACUCGUCCAGUGUUCCAAGCAGUCGAGCCUGAGCGACACCAUAGUGCUGAUCGACCCGGGCUUCUGCUAUCAAGUCACCGUCCAAAAGCAGCCGCUGCUGCCCACCCACCCCCUGUACGACCGGUACCCGGCGCGCCUGACCUCUGUGACGGAGGUGGUGGACCUGCUGCUGGGCCUGGAGGAGUACGUUGUGUGCCAGGGACUGCCGCCCCGGGAGCCACUCUCUAAAAGGAACCCUAUCAUACUGGAGCGGGCGUCAACGUGUGAUUUCUUAGUGAAGAGGAAGGUGAGCGUCUGUACGAACUGCAGAGCGCUGCAGGGACUUUAACUCCAGCAGUACCCCGAAGAAGAUCCACGACUACAGUGGAGACCACCGAUUCUCUGGUGCUAUUUUCUUCUUUUUGUUUCUGAUGAUUUUUUUGGUGAUGAUUUUUAUAUUUAUGCACAUGAGGACAUUUGACAGAUUUACCUCUGGACUGUAAUAGUAUUAUUUGAAGAAUCACCAAAGGCAUUCCAGGAGCUGGGACAUUAUGGUCCACCUGGGUUUCUUUUUAGAUGUCGGCCGUCAUGUCAUUUUAGGGCUGUUUUUCAAGACUGUUUGGGGUCAGACACUGAAAUCCUUUUUAGCUCUGUUGGGUUAGUAGGAAUCAAUGACCCGUACCAUUAUUACACUUUUUGAUAGUCUUUUAACACCAAAUGUUGUCUCUCAGCUCAAAAAUUCCUCUCUGUAUUCCCCGCUCAUUUUUUCACCAGCAGCAACAACACUGUUUGUCAUGUGUACCAUAAGUCUUUUGAACAAAAUAAGUUAUGUGCAUCUCGUACUCCCUAUUCUUAUUUUUUAAAUAGUAAAUUAUAUUGUGAUCACUA